AUGUAUUGUGAUAAUAAUAAUUAACAAAAAUAAUAAUACUUGAAUUUUGGAUUUUCAUUAUUCUCAAACGUAACCGCGGACGGGAUUAUUAAAAUAUAUUGUAUUGUGUUUGGGCUGACGGAAUUCUUGAACGUCCGCAAUCGAUUGCGUCUGUCGGACCAGUGCAAUAAUGGAUAAAACUAUGGAGAGGAAAUUUUUAAAGACCACUGUGGCCGGAAUUUUAAUGGAAAUCGGAUUUCAAGCUGCAGAACCAGGCGCAUUGGAGACUCUUGUCGAAAUGCUUUAUAGUAUCUUAUCUCAGAUGGGAAAUAGUAGUCGUCGUUAUGCAGAAAUAGCUGGGCGUCUUGAGCCUCUUGGGGCCGAUGUUAUGAUGGGCUUAAUUGACAUGGGUAUGUUCAAAAAUGCGUCUAGCUUAUUAGCUUAUGCAAAAAGGUCAAAUCGAGCUGUUCUCCCUAGUCCUAUACCAUCUGUACAGCCUCGCCAAACAAGUAACCUACAAGCAGGGACUAGACUGCCACAUCCAUCAUACAUGCCAAGUUAUAUGCCGGCUUUUCCAGAUCCACAUGCAUACAUAAGAACACCAACACACAAACAACCAGUUACUGAAUAUGAAGCAAUCCGUGAAAAAUCUGCAAUUCAAAAACAUGAACUUGAAAAAUCAUUGAUUAAGUUUUUAAUAAAAACUGGUCCUACGGAGAGUUUAUUUUUGAAUCAAGAAAAUGAUUGCUUUGCAUUGAUAGCCAACAAACCACAACAACCUGCAUACUUCUCAGCAUUGUUGCCUCAAGAUCAAGUAUUUGAUGAAGAUCCUGAUGAAACUGAAAUACCAGCACCUAGUAAAAAAAUUAAGUUCAAAAAAGAAAUUCAGAUCAAAGAAGAUUUUGAUGAAAAUGAAGAACAAGAAAAUGAAAACGAAGAAGAAGAAGAAGUAAACAACGGUGACGAAACUGAAUCAAAACCAGAAGAGCCCAUUGACAACCCUUUCUUGAGACCUGUUAAGUAUCCAGCCGCUCCUUAAAAUUGUUUUGCUAAACAUAUUGCAAAUACAUUAGGAAAUAAUUUUGAUACUAAAUCAAAUAUGUGAUCAACUCCAGAUCUUUGUACAUUUUGUUACAUAUCACUGUUAUUUUAAGUAAAAUAUUUUGUCUUGCGAUUAUAAUCAAUGUCUUGUAAAUUUUUAUUCUAUUUUAUAUCAAAUGACAAGGCUGGCUUAUGAUUAAGAAUUAAAGUUAAGUUACUUUAAAGUAAUUUCAUAAUUUAAAAUUGUAAAAUAUAAAGUAAUUAUUUAUUUUUCAAAUUAAUUAUUAUGUAUUUUUAUAAAUUACAUGGGUAAUAUUCCAUUCUUUUGUACAUACUAACUAGUAUUUUGUUUGUACUAACUAGUUUUUGUCAUCGUUUUUAAUUAAGAGAGGACUGCUACCUUUUAUGUAUGGAUCUUUUUUCCAUUCUGUAAAAUAGAUCUAAGUUUAGUAGGUAAUAAUUAAUAAGUAAAGGCAUUACUGUAAAACCAUAUAGAUUUGUCAAAUCCAAGAAAAAUGUUGGUUGUAACUUGAAAUUUAAAUGUUACAUUGUAACAUUUAUAUUUUAUUUACAAAUAUACAAUAAUGGUUAUUAUUUGUACUGAAAAUAAUAUUUAAAGUUUAUAAUGUACAUGCUAUGAAUAUACAAAAGCAGUGGCGUGUCAGAGUUGAAACUUUUUUGAAACAAUUGCUUUCAGACAAAAUGGGUGGGUCGAGGAAUAGUGGAUAGGUAAUGGGUUUAGUGUAAUAAAAAGUUUUUAAUAGGUAAUAAUAUUUAAACUAUAUUAAGUAGAAAAAUGUAGAUUAAGCUGUGGAUGCAUGGGUACUCAAAUGGUAGUUUUCCACAGGUCUGAAAAUUGUUCAGCACACUACUGCACAAAAAUGAGAUAUAAUAUUAUGAAUUUAUUAAAAAUUAACAUCCCAAUUGUUGGUUUUUUUUAGGGUGGGAUGGUGCGAAGAAUCUUUGUAUAUUUUUACAUCUUAAAGGAUUUAUAAAAACAGCUAUUACAGAACCACUUAAUUAGUACAGAGGAGAGUA